GGAUAAAGGAAUGACACAAACAAAUGGCUUGUUUACUGCAUAAAAGCAAGCUGCAAUUAGUCAAGGAUGGUCAUGGGAAGAGCGCAGCUAAGCAGGGCCAGUAAGAAAGAGAUUUUGGACUGUCCUUGGCAGUGGAUAUGAUUACUUUUUACGAGGACAGGAACUUCCAAGGUCGUAGUUAUGAGUGCAGCAAUGACUGCACAGACCUGCACUCCUACUUCAGCCGCUGUAACUCCAUCAGGGUGGAAAGUGGCUGUUUUAUGAUCUAUGAACGCCCCAACUACAUGGGCCACCAGUAUUACAUGAGAAGGGGAGAAUAUCCUGAUUAUCAGCGUUGGAUGGGCUUCAGUAGCUGUAUCCGAUCAUGCCGUAUGAUUCCAAUGUACCGGGGUUCAUAUAGGAUGCGAAUCUACGAGAAGGCCGACUUCAGCGGUCACAUGAUGGAGUUCAUGGAUGACUGUCCCUGUGUGUCUGAUCGUUUCCACCACCGCCACGUCUACUCCUGUAAUAUCAUGAACGGCUUCUGGAUCUUCUACGAGUAUCCCAACUACCGGGGUCGACAGUACUUCCUAAGAGCAGGAGAGUACAGGAGAUACCGUGAAUGGUGCGCCACCUGCGCCAUUGUAGGCUCCUUUAGACGCGUCACUGACUUUUAGUCAUCCUGCUCAAGCACUUGCUGUAAAUACAUGCUUAGUUAUUAAAAUGGUUCAAUUUUUAA